AUGGCUCAAGGGAUUGAACUGGAGCGAGAGAGAUUCUGCUGCUGUCUCUGCACCAACCUGCUCAGGGAUCCAGUGACCAUACCUUGUGGUCACAACUUCUGCAUGAUCUGCAUCAGCAAACGCUUGGACAAUGAAGAAGGUUCAGGCAUCUACAUAUGCCCUCAAUGCAGUGAGAUCUUCAUAUCGAGGCCUAUGCUGAUUAAAAACAGCAUGACAGCAUUAGUAAUCGAUGAGUUGAUGAAGAAUGAAGUCCAACCUGAGGUUCCAGAUAUAUACCGCGAUACUGAAUCUAUAGACGUGGCUUGGGAUUUUUGCUCUGAGAUGAAGGUGAAAGCUGUAACACAUCUCCAGCCUCACAAUGAGGUGCCUCCUUUAAGGAAACACAGGUUGGUGGAACCAACUGCAAGUCUUGAGGAGAGCAUCUGUCCUGUGCAUCAAGAAGUGAUGAAGGUGUUCUGCCAGACCGAUCAGCGGUGCAUCUGUUAUCUCUGCUCCAAGGACAGCCACAAAGGCCACAACAAAGUCUCCAUGUCUGCUGAACGGACGGAGAGGCAGGAGGAGCUUCGGGUGGUUCGGCAAAAGAUGCAGCUGAGGAUCGUAGAGAAGAAGAAAGAUGUGAGGACUAUUCAGCAGGAGGAAGAUGCAGUAAGUCAUGCUGCUGAUAGUGCACUGAGUACUACUGAAGUGGUUUUUACAGAACUCAGUGAGAUAAUAGAGAAAAAACUCUCUCGGAUGAAGGAAAAGAUAAAUUCUCAACAGAGCAUUGAACUGGGUCUCUUCAGAAAAGUUCGGCAUAAGGUGGAGGAGGAGAUUCUGGAGUUGAACAGGAAAGAUAUUGAACUGGACAAACUGUCCCGCACAGAAGACCAUGCUCAUUUUCUGCUGAAGUAUCCGUCGUUGUCUCGUCUGAGUAUAUCUAGAGAACAGCCAAGCAUCGGGAUCCACCGCCAGCGUAACUUUGACCUUGUUCCUGCCACUGUUUUAGAGGCCAGAACGAGACUGCACAAGGUUCUCGAUGAAGAAUGUGAAAAGAUUCUGCUUGCAAUUACUAGCUCUACGGCUUUGCCUGAUAUGCCUGAAAAAAAGCCUGAAGAGAAGAUCAGGAAGCCCAGAGUUGAUUUCUAUAAUACUGUAGGAAUUUCCAAACCAGCACAAAGACAGACCACCACUCAGUUUAUGCAAGCCAAACUCUUGCAGAACCUUGAUAGUAACACUCCUUUCAGCUAUAUAAAACCCAAACUUCCUGACCCCAGUGGUAGUUUAAGACUUCCCAGACAAAAGUCUGAAGACUUACCCAGCAGUGAAUACUUCACUGACAAAAAGGCUGAACCAACCAGAAACGUCUUCCCUGACAGGGGACAUGAAAAUCCUGAUGUUAUACCACCAAUUGAUAGACUUGAUGUUUUACCUAUCAGUCCUAUAAGAGGCAACGAAAAUGUUUUAAAAACUAGAGCAAACUUUCUAGAAUAUGCCUGCAAGGUCACACUGAAUCCAGACACUGCAUUCCCCAAACUGUUGCUAACUAAGGAGAACAGAAAAGUAACAUUUGUAAGCGAAGAACAGGAUUACCCCAACCACCCAGACAGGUUUAUUUACACCUGGCAGGUCCUGAGUCAGCAGAGCCUUACUGGCCGCUGCUACCUGGAAGUGGAGAGGACUGGGAAAGGAGUCAUGGUGGCGAUGGCUUACAAAGGCAUCAGCAGAGCCGGGACCUUUAGCGACUGCAUGUUUGGACAGAACGGCACCUCUUGGGGUCUUGAUUGUUUUAAGAACAGUUGCGAAUUCAGACACAACAAGAACAAAACUCCCAUCCCAGGCACAUGGUCCUCCAGAGUGGGAGUGUACCUGGAUUAUAAAGCAGGUAUUCUGGCUUUCUACUCUGUCUCUGAAACUAUGACGCUCCUCCACAGAGUCGAGACCAGAUUCACCGAGCCGCUCUACGUUGGACUCUGGCUUUCAGAUGGAGCAACUGCUGAGAUCUGUAAACUAGUGUAGGGUGGGAUUGUUAGGUUUUGGACUUAAUGUGACGUAAUUAAAUUAUUGGAGGUGUAAUUAAAUAAGUCAGUUCGUUGGUGACAAGAAACAACUUGACAUGCUUUCUGUAUUUCAUCAUUGACUCCAGUAUGUCAUUUUGCCUCUUGUGGUGAAUUUUUAAUUUCACACUUGACAUUCAUUUUUUAUAUUUUCACUUUAUGAAAUGAAAAAAUAUUUCAAACUAUUGUAAUAAAACUACACAACUGCCUUUGUGCUUGGCAUAGGAUCGUUAAAUUUUAUUUGCUUUUUUUGUCUGU